ACAGUCGCCCACCUAGCGUCGUAAAUCACCAAGUACAGCAAUGAUUUCCAAAUUCAUACUUCUCGCCGCAGUCGUCGCUGUGGCUCGAGCGGCGUUCAUCUACACACCAUCGGGCAUCAUCCCCCUCGCACACCCAUCGCAAGCUAUCAUCGGAAACGAACCCCUCGAUUCGCAACCUAACUACAGCUUCAACUACCACGUUGAUGAUGGUUUGACCGGAGACAACAAAGCCCACAAGGAGACUCGCUACGGCGAUGUCGUGCAGGGCAGCUACAGUCUUAUCGAGCCGGACGGUACGAGGCGCACCGUGGCCUACACGGCUGAUCCGAUCAACGGUUUCAACGCCGUUCAGCACAAGGACCCAAGCGUCAGCGUCAAAACUGCCAUCGCGGCCGCGCCAGCUCUCGCUAGUACCAUCCAUCAGGGACAGGCUCAGGCUUAGGCUCAGGUCUCACAGGUCUGCCUUGUCAAACUGAAAAGUUUAAUUGAUUGUAGCGAAGCACAUGUUUAAAUUUAUAAACAGGUUAUCAUUUGUAUGUCACAAUUUUUUUUAAAUAAUAAAACGCAACUGAUGUAUAA